CAAACAAACAUGGCAGACGCAGAAGACCAAUUGCGGAGAAUGGUAAUGACCUUUCGGGUCUCAGAGCUACAGAUGCUUCUGGGAUAUGCGGGGAAGAACAAAACAGGGCGCAAGAAUGAAUUACAAAGCAGAGCCAUUGAAAUUGUGAGAUUACGGAACCCUGCCAUUCAAGCAAAGAUCAAAGAGCUGUACAAGAGUAUCCAACUAGAGAUGAUGUCGUUUGGUGACAGGUCACAAGCCGCAGCGGGCGGGCCGACGGGGAUCCACCCAGCCCAGAAGGUCCCAAUGGGCCUGGGUUCCAUCACGGCCUACACGCAGUCUGCCAGCGUUCCCAGCCUCCCAGGAGUCAGCUCCUCCCACACAAACACACGCUACUCCUCCACCACAGCAGCGGCGGCGGCGGCGGCGGCGGCCAUGCCUACGGCAGUUGGCUAUUCCUCACUGACUUCCAACAGCCACAAUUCCUCAUUCCCCAUCAAUCCAGAUGUCAAGUUGAAAAAACUGCCCUUUUACGAUAUUUUGGGAGAACUGCUUAAACCUUCAUCACUAGCUCCUCAGGGUUCAGGUCGAUAUCAAGAGUCCACCUUCAGUUUCUCCCUCACUCCACAACAAGCCAACAGAAUUGCCAACUCUAGAGAUUUACGGCCGGGCAGACAAGACUACUCCGUUCAGGUUCAGAUGAGGUUUUGUUUGCUGGAAACUACUUGUGAACAAGAGGACAAUUUUCCACCAAAUAUAGCAGUGAAAAUAAAUGAAAAGAUGUGUCCAUUACCGACUCCAAUCCCCACAAACAAACCAGGAGUUGAACCAAAGCGACCGUCUCGCCCAGUGAAUGUGACUGCCCUGUGCCGCAUAUCUCCCACAGUAACAAAUCGCAUACAGGUAUCAUGGGCGUCUGAAUAUGGUCGCUGUUAUGUCAUAUCUGUGUACCUAGUUCAGAAGCUGACCUCAGAUGACCUUCUUCAAAGACUAAAAAAUAAAGGGGCCAAAAUUGCAGACUUCACACGAUCUCUAAUCAAACAGAAGCUCCAGGAGGAUGCAGACUGUGAAAUUGCAACCACCUCCUUGCGCUGCUCACUUAUGUGUCCCCUUGGCAAAAUGCGCAUGAUGUUGCCAUGUCGAGCGAGCACCUGUGACCAUCUCCAGUGUUUCGAUGCCUCACUUUACCUGCAGAUGAAUGAACGCAAGCCAACGUGGACAUGCCCAGUCUGUGACAAGAGUGCUCUUUAUGACUAUCUAGUUAUUGACGGCUACUUCCAAGAAGUCCUACAACAAAACUCCAGCUGCAAUGAGGUCACACUUCACAAAGAUGGAAGCUGGACCCCACUCAUGCCCAAGAAGGAGAAACAAGAGCCACAGUUGGAGAAGCGGAAAUCGGAGGUUGCUGUCGAGACACUCAGUGGCGACAGUGAUGAUGAUGAAACGAGAGACCAAGAUGACGGGGAGGCCCCCAUUGUGGAAGAAGUGAGUAGCAAAAAGAAGUCAGCUGAACCAGAGAUUAUCACCCUGACGGACAGUGAAGAGGAUGAUGACACUGCUCCUCCCCCUGCUAAGCGCCCGGCCAAUGGUCAAACCACUCCUGCACCUCCUACACCUGCCUCCAGCACAGCAGCGCCAGGGAGCACAACGCCGCAGGGUUCAGAGGGCACUAAGUCAAACGAUUCUUGGUGCGUAGGGGAAGUUGACCCUGGGAAGCGCCUCGUCUUUAGGAAGUCCCUCUCCUGCUCUUUGAAUGGCACCGGAGGAUUGCUGACGCCAGCAGGAGGUGGCAGCAGCGGCACAACAUUCUCUCCUCCUUCCUCUGGGUCAGUGAGUCCCCAAGUGAUCUGCUUAGACAGCCCCGCAUCAUCCCCCUCCCCCCCUCUCCGCAGACCCAACCAGGGACCUUCCCCCCUCCCUGCGGGCAUCUCUGUAACCCCUGUAGUUUCCACCCCCGCUGUUACAUCUUCCAGCACCUCCUUUGCUUCAGGGCACAGUGAUGUGCGGCAGGUGAUCAAUGUGACCUCCAGAAGCACCCCACCUGUCACAGCCAGCAGUAACAGCAGUAGCAGUAGUAGUCCUGUGCCACAUGCCACCAUCACCCCAGUCCCUUCCACCACCAGUUCAUCUGCAACCAUAUCCACACCCAGUCCCAAUGCCUCUAGUUUCCUGACUCCCAGCCCACAAGACCCCUUGGCUACCUCAUCUUCUUUUAACCUUCAGCAAACUUCCUCAGCUGCUGCUGCAGCAGCUGCAGCAGCAGUAGCAGCAGCUGGCCUUACACAGAGUCCCUACUCCCUUCCUCCCGCAUUACAGAACCUGUUCAACCCCUUAGGGAUGAUGCCUCCCACUACACCCUCUGGCAAUUUACCCUUCAGACCACAAGACAGAUUCCUGUAGAAUCCUAGCCAAAUAUAUUUGUAGAGAAUUGGGCUGGACCUUUGAGGGGAUGUAAGGAUGGUUGCGGCAUUUGCGCAUCACCACUACCACUACUACCACCACCAACAGGGUUAAGGCACCUCAGCAGUUUGAGAAUAGCAGGAGCAAAGUUUCUUAGACAAACUAUUUCUUGUCUUUGGAAAAUAAUACAUACUCUUCUUUAUUUGCAAAAUACCUUUUGCAAAACUUUCCUUCACCAAAGUGUUACAAUGUAUUCUUAGUUGAGUGUAGAGGUUAUUCUUCUCAUAGUCUUUUGGUUCUUGCAAAAGACUUAAUAGUAGUUGUAAGUAAUAAUAUUGGAAAUAGAGGAAAUGUUACAAGUACAAAUGUAUCCUGUGAGAGUUUGUUCCUUGAGGGGUCUGGUUAACAGCUGUACAGUGAGGAGAAUUGGACUAACAUGAACAUUUAGAUUCAUUGGUAUUUCACAUCAUCUUUUGUAACUUCUGUUCUUCUUUGUGUCCACUUCAUUUUUUACCUCAAGUUUGCCAUAGUUUUAUGUAAGAGAUGGUUAUCUUUACCUAUACCAUUUCUUUCUAGUGUUUAUCACAGAGGCAGAAGUUUGACUGGCUUAUUGUGGAGUCACAUAACAAAAUCCAUUUCUACUGACUCACGGCCUUUGAGUUAUUUUUAUCUUACUGAAAGUUAUUUACACUACUUGUAUGUGGCAUUAAAGUGGCCUCAUUUAGUCAAAGGUUGCCCCACCUUUGGACCCAACAGGGUGUGUGUGGUAAGAUGGUCGGAUUCCGAGGUAAACAACAACGCAUCCAUUGGUCCCCUCAAGUAUGUGGCAACCACUAACGUCCUCUCCAGUAGCAGUAACUCCUGGAGCCCAUCUCAAAACUUAGUCGUGUCCACCAGGAGUGAGAGUCCCCUACCCCAAGAGGGAAAUGACUCCAGCAGAAUUCUCGCCACAAACACAUGCUACCGUAAAACGUACAAUCUCAGGAAAAGGUCCUCAAAUACCGCUGCCGAGUGAUCACAUUUUGAGGAGCUGUGAUUUUUCUUUACUUUUGAUAAUGUUGAUGCCUCAUCAGCAUUUUUUUUUAAUCAUUCUUUAUUCUUUCUUUCAUUCUUGUUAAUUUUCUUUUCAUUUUUUUUAACAUGACACAAUUAGGUAAAUUUUAGUUUUUCUGUAAUGCAUUUACUGCCAGCAAGAUAAACAUUUUGUCUUAAACUUGAAAUAUCAAGUGCAUCAAUCUGUUCUGUUCUUGCCUCUAAGCUGUACAGAUGUUAACCAAAGCAAUUUGAAGAAAUGUAUAUAUAUUGUGUAUCAACUAUGAAUCUGAAGUAUUUGUUAAAAAAAAAGUUAUGCUGCAGCUUCCAUGUGUUUCAUUGUAUGAUAUAUUUGUCUAAGCGUAUCAGCCUGACCAUGUAGUGAAUGUGUAUAUUUUUUUUUUUUUUUUUUUUCUUUUUUUUUUUUUUUUUUUUUUUUUUUUUUUUAUGUAGUGUACACAUAGAUGGAACACUACUGCUCAUUGAUAUUGAGACAGUAAUAGGGUAUAUAUCUAUGUGUUUAUGAUUUGGAAAGAGUGAAGAAUGGGGAGGGAGGAUAAUGAUUUUUAAGGAUAUCUGCAGUAUAGAUUUUUUUUGUGAAUUAUUUAUUAUGUAAUAAAGGAUAGACAUUGAUUUAUUGUUACAAUGAAGUAAUAAGAAUUAGUUCUCUUUUCUGUGCUUUCUGCAAAUGCAGACGGUUAUAUUUCACACUGCUAUUGUCAUUCUCCUUGUUUACCCAGCCUUCCAUAUGUCCAUGACACUACUCUGCAUGGCUGAUAUUUUCCCCCUUUUUUUUCUUUUUUCAUCAUUAUUAUUAUUAUUAUUAAUAUUAUUAUUAUUAUUAUUAUUAUUAUUAUUAUUAUUAUUAUUAUCAUUCAUUUUGUUCUUUAUGGAAUCCCUUCUUUAGGUGCGCAACUAGCAUGCGCAUGUGUCUACAAAGUACAGAUGCCAUUAGGAUAGAUCCAUUUCAGAUUCAUGCAACAUACAACAUUCCCAGCACUUUCUUUUUGAGUUAUGAAUCUGCCGCUAGUUUCCAUGAUGGAGAUCUGGCCAGUAUUCGUAUUUAUUCAGCUCUUGUAUAUUUUUCUUUCUUUCUUUUUAUUUAUUUUUUAUUGAUUUUUUAUCUGUCCUCAUUUACAUUUUUUUAUUUAUGUUAUAGGCCAAAUUCAGCUCAUGUAUUCCAUUCAUUCUUCAUUUCUCUAUGCACUUGCCACAGUCGUACAGGGAACUGCAUAAAUGAAAUUCCUUAGGAAAAUAAUGUAUUAUGUAUUUAUUGAGUUGGUCUGUAAAGCGUUGAUACAGCUUGUUGUGUGUCAAGUGAAAGUUGUACUUUUAAAACAGAGCAGUAAAUGGACAGGCCACAGAAUUGUACAGCCUACAUAUUAUUAUUAUUAUUAUUAUUAUUAUUAUUAUUAUUAUUAUUCCUUGGGUAUUACACAUAUUAUCUGCUGUAACUAAAUGGUAAAAUUUUUAAUUAAAAAGUUUGAUAA